AUGGCUGACGCGGACGAGGAUGUCAUCAAUACUUCUUCCGCGGGUGCCGCCCAAAUGGACACUGAUCUGUCCGACGAAACUCAGGACUUUCGCCUGUUGAGUCACCUCAACUUCCUCAAUGAUUCAACCUCCUCAAGCUUACCGAAGCGUGGUGAGAAGGAUUUCGAGCCCAAUCCGACCGAGUUCCAGGCCGAUGUCUUGUCCGCCUCCCGUCAAGCGAUGCACAAUGCGCUAGCCCAUCCUCGCAUUCAUAACCCCAAGACCUGGGUAAUAGGCUUCUACGCGCCCGAUGGACCUAUGCCGCCACUCGAUCAUGUUGAGACGUCUAAGACUGUCGGAAAGGGAAUAGGCGUGCCGCAGGACUCUUGCGUGUACAUUCCUAAUGCGAAAGGCUCAACUUUUCAGUCUAUUGGUCAAGCAGAUCGGUGGAAUCGACUGUGGUUAUUACCCGAAGAAGCGAUAUAUAUGCUUGAGAGAGGAAAUCUUGACAUCAGGUGGCCGUCUUCUUCGUCAACCACUGCGGAAGAUGAAGAAAAUGAGAUUUCUAUUCCGAUGAGCUUGCAGGCAGCAUACUCAUGCUUCAUGGGACACGCCGGUCUAACGCUGGAAAGAUACUCCGUUUACGCAGCCCUGAGGCGAUUAGGCUAUACAGUUCUAAGGGCCCCUGCCUGGGACGACUCCGCAAAACUAGACCACACCAAUACCGAAGUGGACAUAGACGCAUAUACCCAGCCUACACAUCGCGGUCCCGGCCUCAGUGGCAUCUUGGCCUGCAUUUCAAAUUGGAUGAAUGAUCCCUUUUCUACCGCAUCCCCAGCAGCUGGUCCUCUAGUGGGAUGCGGCAUACAUCGAAGCCAUAACGACGUAUAUCGCAAAAUGGCACUUAUCCCAUGGUACGAUCCUGCCCUUGCACCCCAGCGAGACCCGCUUGAUACAACGGCACCCUUCCGAGUCGUUUUACACGUCUACAAGCCUGGAACGACAAUAAAGAAAUCUGCCAUUCCACCACCGGACUUCCGUAUCGCAGUACUGAGUACCCGUGAACAAACUACUAUUCCAACUUUGCCUGAGUUAAGUGCCCUGCUGCAAAGUACUCCUCUUGAUCCACCGCGUGGCGAAAAAAUGGAGCGCAUGAUGUAUAUGCGUGUACGACAUGGAUAUCGGAAUGUCGUUCUGGCUGUUGUGGAUCAAGGCGUUACUAGCUUUUUGCGCAUUGGAGAUGCUGCAUUCGGGAAAGAGAAGCUUUUCGCUGCUAAGUAUGCUCCGCGUGGUACGAAGAAUAAUGGGUAUUCCAAGCCAAAGAGGUGA